AUGGACGAAGCAAAAAAUAUGGCAUUAUUGUUCUUCAUGGAUCAUUUGAUGCAAAAAAAUGGACAUCGAACGAUCCAUGAUCUUAGUUGUCAAUUUGGAGCUCGUGGAUUCACCGCUGAAAUGCGGAAUGCAGUUGGUACCACACAGGAAGGUCUAACUGAAUUCCUCUCACAACAUCCAUCGUUGUUUAUUGUCGAAGGCGAUCAGGUUUGGCUAAAAGGUUUUGGUGAUAUAACUGCAAAGAACAAUCCACUACUGCAAGCUACCGCAAACGGUCGCAAUCGUGAUUACGAAAAAGAGGCAGUUGAAUUCUUUGAAGCUAAAUUACAAAAAUUUGCGAUUAUAUUUUGUCAAAAUAAACGAACAAAAAAAAAAAGUAAAAGAAAUAAAAUAAUUUUGGUUUUACAGAUUAAAAGUUUGCUUGGUCAUCGAUCACAGGCUGCACCAGAGAUACGUUUGGUUUCGGGUCGACAUCUGAAAGACUUUUGCGAAUUUCUUCAAGCUCAAACGGAACAUUUUGUUGUUGAAGGCGACCGGGUACGGCUAAAAAAUAUGCCUGAACCAAGCAGUGGAGGAAUUGAAUUGGAUGAUGAAGGAAAACCGUUGGCUGGAGUAAAGGCAAAACAGGCUGCUGUAGAAUACCUAAAAUCGGUCUUGGAACAGAACGAAGAGCAACCAAUUCCGAUGGAUGUAUUUUAUCAAAAGUUUUGUGAUCGAUUUUCGCAUACCGUUCGACAGGAAGUGGCUACAAAUCCGAAAGAAUUGUUGCAGUUCCUGAAAUUAAAUCGCAAUGUUUUUUUCAUUCGAUCAAAUAAGGUAUCAUUAGUCAAAAAUCGGCCGUCGGAAGAUGGUUCAGAAAGUGGUUCAACUGAAGGAUCUGAGCUUGAACAAAUUAAUGGAGCAAUGUCAAACCAGAAUGCUUUGAGUAACGUAACACUGGUAAAAGCACUCAAACCAGCACAGGAUGCCAUCACUCUAAUUAACGCUGACAUUGAGGCCAUGGAAGAGAAGGUGAUCGGUUUAGAUUUCAAAACGGUAACACUGGGGAUGCAAGGGGACGAAUUUCUCUCAUUGAUAGUUAUUGCAACUCCAAAUCGGAUUGCUGCAUUUGAUCUUGUACAUAGUGAUAUUAUUUUAUUGGAAAGCGGAGUCAAAGAGAUUUUGGAAUCCGAAAAAGUUGUUAAGAUAAUGCAUGAAGCCAGAAGGAUAGCAAGUCUUUUAGCACAUCGUUACGCUGUCAAUCUUCGAAGAAUUUUUGAUACACAAGUUGCCCACACAAUACUUCAGCAUGAAAAAUUUGGUAAAGCUCUGUCUGAAAUGCGCUCGAUCUCUUUCCUCAAUUUACAACGGGUCUAUUAUCCUCAGUCUAUAAUGAUGUCUGAUGCAACACCUAGGAAAUUAUCUCAGAUGCCCAGCUGGGGCCAACGGCCAAUCACCGAUGAAAUGUUGAUGACGAUCGUCGAAGAAGCACACUGCUUACUGACGGUCUUUUAUCGGAUGAUGAACAACCUGAUACCAAACCAUUUACGUCCAUUGUUUGAAGAAAAAUGCAUUGAAGCUGUAAUAGCAAUACCAAAUCGUCCUCCACCUAUUCCUGCGCAGAAUCCUGCACCUCCAACAUUCCGAAACAAUCGGCGGGGUAAUGCUAGUCCAAUAACAAACGGUGUCUUUAGUCCUCAAGUGCCUUCACAACGACAGACAUCCGAUGCCUCAACUCAGACAUUUUCUACGGGCGAAAUUAAUGUUAUUAAUGUCUAUUAUGAAUCCUAA